UUCUGGGCUACUUUGAGUUCAGCGGCUCGCCACAACCUCCCGGCUAUUUGACUUUCUUCGCCUCAGCCCUGCACUCGCUGAAGAAAGCUACCUGGUCAUCAGUCUGCAAAUAACUUGGAAGUGUGCUGGUGCCGGGAUGCCAAGAGGAGAGCUCAGUCCUGCCUCUCGGGUGUGAGAGUGGAGCUCUGUGUGCCACCCACCCCCUCCAAGGCUGUCUGUUGUUUGAUCUGCACAUGACGACUGGCACCUGCUCCUCAUGGGUUUCUCAGUGUUGGCUGGAUUCCCCUUCCGCACAGCAGGAGCUGUUGACAUUGUGUGUAUUGAAUUACCUAGGAACAGUACGAUUUGGGGUUAUCACAAAUAAACAUCUUGCGAAACUGGUAUCCUUAGUACACUCUGGAAGUGUGUAUUUACAUAGACAUUUCAACACAUCACUUGUCUUCCCCAGGGAGGUCAUGAACUUCACAGCUGAGAACAUCUAUAAGUGGGCCUCGGAAAACCAGGAGCUGCUCUUCCGAUGGCUGCGGCCCCAUGGGGGUAAGAGUCUGCUGCUGAAUAACGAGCUGAAGAAGGGACCAGCGCUGUUCCUGUUCAUACCCUUUGACCCCUUAGCCGAAAGGCAUCCUCUCUUAGAUGAGAUCACCCAAGUGGCCUUGGAGUACAACAACUGUCACAGGGACCAGGUGGUGGAACGGCUUCUUCAGCACCUGCGGCGGGUAGAUAUGCCUGGCCUCCAGUCCCUGGCACCGGAGCCACUGGCCCCGCUUCAAGAUGCCCCGCUGAGGCCAGCGUCCCCCUGCUGUAACACUGUGGUGCUGCCCCAGGGGCACACCUUCUCCAGGACCCACAAUGUGUGCGAGCUGUGUGUCAACCAGACGGUGGGGGGCACCAAGCCCAGCUCAGUCAGCGUGCCACACUGCAGCUUCUUUGAGAUGGCGGCAGCUCUGGAUUCCUUCUACCUCAAGGAACAGACCUUUUACCAUGUGGCAUCGGGCAGCAUGGAGUGCAGCAAUUUUUUAACUUCCUACAGCCCUUUCAGCUACUGCACUGCAUGCUGUAGGACCAUACACCGCGGUGUGGCAGGCUUCAUUGAUUCUGAGCAAGAAGCCUUCGAAACCCCUGCUGUGGCAUUAUCUCCCCUGGAGAAGUGUGAGGCCACCACCCCCAGCCCCGUUCCUCACAUUGAGGAGAACAGGUAUCUCUUUCCAGAAGUGGGCCUCACUAGCACAGCCUUCACGGGCCUGAGCUGCAGAACCAACAAGACCCUCAACAUCUACCUUUUGGAUUCCAAUUUAUUUUGGUUAUAUGCAGAGAGACUGGGUGCUCCAAGCUCCACUCACGUGAAAGAAUUUGCCACAAUUGUGGAUGUGAAAGAAGAGUCUCACUAUAUCUUGGAUCCAAAACAAGCCCUCAUGAAGUUCACCCUAGAAUCUUUUAUUCAAAACUUCAGUGUUCUCUACAGUCCCUUAAAAAGACAUCUCAUUGGAAGCAACUCCGCCCAGUUCCCUUCUCAGCAUCUAAUCACUGAAGUGACAACUGAUACCUUCUGGGAAGUGGUCCUUCGGAAGCAGGAUGUUUUGCUGCUUUACUACGCCCCGUGGUGUGGCUUCUGUCCAUCCCUCAAUCACGUCUUCAUCCAGCUUGCUCGGCUCCUGCCAGGGGACGCACUCACUGUGGCCAGGAUUGAUGUGUCUCAGAAUGAUCUUCCUUGGGAAUUUAUGGUUGACCGUCUCCCUACCAUUUUGUUUUUUCCCUGCAACAGAAAGGACCUAAGUGUGAAGUACCCCGGAGACCUCCCCGUUACCCUCCCGAAUCUGCUGAAGUUCAUCUUGCAUCACUCAGACCCCACCCCUGCCCCCCAGAACUUGGCCAACCCUCAAGAAUGUCUUCAGAGCGAAGUGGCCUUAAAGCAGGGCCACAUGGCCCACUUGGAGAGAGAGAUGCAAAGGCUGCGAGCAGAGAGGGGCAGCCUGCACCGGGCACAGGUGCAGGUGGAGGGCCGGCUGUCACGGGCACGCAGGGACGGGCGCCGCCUGCUGCGGCAACAGCAGAACCUGGAGCGGCAGCACAGCCUGCUCCGGCGGCACGGCCAGCAGCUGCAGGCCCUGUACGCACAGAAGGCCCGAGAGCUCCAAGACCUGGCCGCCCACUCUGAGAUACUCUCCGAGAACAACACAUGGCUCAAGGUCCUCAUGGCCACUAUGGAGAGGCACCUGGAAGGUCAAGAUCACGCUGAGAACCCCGCUCCCCCCAAAGAGGCACACCCUGACCCCCCCAAGCCUCCAGGUGCCCCCCACUUACCUGGCGGCUCCUCUCCGUCUUCCAGCACCAGCGCCACACUGGCACCUGAGAGGAAGAAUGAGAAUAGGACAGACUAACAUUGACAUGAAGGAAUCAGAGGUGAAAUGUACAUUGGGAAUGUAUUUAUGCAAAUUUUAUUGAAAUUUAUUGUAAAUAAAGAUUUUCUCAGUCGUCUAGAAAAUGGACUUGAA